UGCGCGCGUUCGCAAUCUCCAGCAGAAAAAAAAAAGUUUACGUUCUGGUAAUAAUUAUGAUAAUCAUAAACUGAGUAACAAAAAGGGAUACUUUUUUGGAUUUGGGCGCGUGCACUCGUCGCGCGCGCGCGUGACUCAAACAUGUGGCUGAGGCAUGAAAACGCAGCAACACACACGCGCAGCAUCCUAAUGGGGAGCAAAGAGAAAAUUCAGCGCUUGGACAACCUGUCGCUAAGGAAUUCACCUAGGUGUCCCCCCUCCUCCUCCCUCUCCCCCCCUCAGAUGUGAGGGACUUAAUUUUAAAUCAAACUGAAACACGGAUCCAGAGGAGGACAGGACACCAGGUCUCCUCACCAUGUCUCUUUGGACACUGGAGACGACAACCGGAGCGUGUUAACGUGUCCAAACGCCAUUGAGCGCAAGGCAGCUGAGGCAGGAGUCCUUCUCACGUAGGUUCGCAUCUUUCUUUUUCUCCUAGCCCGACGCUGGGAGACAUGCUUUGACUAAACAGGGACCAUCCGUAUUUCUGGGCAUCUAUUUUUUUCACCAGAGGAGCGAUAGCCCGCUCUGACGUCUGCAUCAGAUAUUACCGAGAGCUUUUCCAUUGUGCAUUUUCCCCUCAGUGACUUUGCGCUGAUCUACAUCAUCAGCAGCAACAGCAGCAACGGGGGAAAAAGAAGGGGGGAAUGAAGAUUCCAUUUUUCUUUUUCUUUAAUUAAAAAUUUUCGUGCGCGUGAACCCACCCGCUCCCCGUCAGCCGAGCAUCGUUUUCAGCUCAAACUAAUAUCUUAUUACAGCAUCGCGUUAAAGACUGGCGCCAGAGCCUCGCUGGAACCAUGCCUCUUCUGCAGAUUUGGACUGGGAAAUUUCAUCCACCAAUUUGAUCGUCAGGAGGCUGCUGCUCAGUCAUUCAUGCCAGUGUUUGUUUGGGUUUUUUUCUCUUUCCUUUUUCUUUUUUUUUAAGAGGGAGAACAUUUGUCAUCACUUUUAAAAGUACUGUGUAGGCUGUUUUUAUUAUUCGAACAAGAUGUCUGAUCUUCUGGUGCUGGUCGAGGGGCUCUGUGACCUGCACGGAUUUCCAUAGCCGUGGAAAAGAGCAGGGGCCAAACACCACAUUCUUCUUUUUUAUAUUUAAACCACCCAGCCCGUUAUUAGAAUGAAGACAUAGUAGAUGUAGACUCAUUUAUUCGACCAUCUCAAAAGGCAAUUCUUUUUUUUUCUUCUUUUUCUUUUUUGGGAUUGCCUUGUUUUUAUUUUGUGCAGUUUUUUUCGGGAGGACCACUGGACUGGUUGGAUUACAGGAGCUAUAUCUAUAAGGAUUUGUGGAGAUGUUGGGUCGUCAAGAAGAAAAAUUAUGUGGAUUUUUCUCUGCUCUGGCGGCUUUGUCCUUCGUAUGCUUUGUUCAAAGCUCCUCCACCGGAAGCACUGGAAUGACUGUGGCAAAGACUACCGUGGACAAGUUGCUGAAGGGAUAUGACAUCCGUUUAAGACCUGAUUUCGGAGGUCCUCCAGUCAUUGUAGGAAUGAGCAUCAACAUAGCCAGUAUCGACUCCAUCUCAGAAGUAAACAUGGACUACACCAUUACAAUGUAUUUCCAGCAGAGCUGGAGAGAUAAGCGUUUGGCCUACGGUGAGCUGAACCUGAACCUGACAUUGGACAACCGUGUAGCUGACCAACUCUGGCUUCCUGAUACUUACUUCCUCAAUGACAAGAAGUCUUUUCUUCAUGGUGUGACAGUCAAGAACCGAAUGAUCCGACUGCACCCUGAUGGCACUGUCUUAUAUGGACUAAGAAUAACCACUACUGCUGCCUGCAUGAUGGACUUGAGGAGGUACCCUCUGGAUGAACAGAACUGCACUCUGGAAAUUGAAAGCUAUGGUUACACCACAGAUGACAUUGUGUUCUUCUGGCAAGGAGGAGACAGCGCUGUGACCGGCGUUGACAAGCUAGAGUUACCCCAGUUCUCUAUUGUGGAGCUGCGCUUGGUGUCCAGAGAGGUCAUGUUUACUACGGGUUCCUAUCCAAGGCUCUCGCUGAGUUUCAGGAUUAAGAGAAACAUUGGAUAUUUCAUCUUGCAGACGUAUAUGCCCUCCAUCUUGAUCACCAUCCUCUCCUGGGUCUCCUUUUGGAUCAAUUAUGACGCCUCGGCAGCUCGCGUGGCCCUGGGUGUAACAACGGUGCUUACCAUGACCACAAUUAACACCCACCUUAGGGAGACUCUCCCAAAGAUUCCUUAUGUGAAAGCCAUCGAUGUCUACCUCAUGGGCUGUUUUGUGUUCGUGUUUCUGGCCCUGCUUGAAUAUGCCUUUGUAAAUUACGUGUUCUUUGGCCGGGGUCCUGCGCAACAGAAGAAAAUCAAUGAGAGGCUGAACAAAGUCAACAACGAGCGCUCGAGAUACGAGGAGAAGCGCCUGAGGGAACAGGACUCCAUUUCCGUGCCGUUUCAAACCAACACCUUCAGGUCAUUUACACAGCGAAGAAAUCUGUAUCUCGAGGAACAAAGAAAAGUUGGGGUGGACGCUUACGGAAACAUCCUCCUCACCACGCUGGACAUGAACAACGAGGUGAUGCCUUCUGACGUCGGGAGCAGCGUCAGUGACUCACGGAAUUCCGUCAUGUCCUUUGACAGCUCCGGAGUCCAGUUUAGGAAGCCCAUGGCACCACGCGAUGGCUACAGCCACCACUCGCUGGACCGCAGUGCCAUGCGAAACCGGGCCAACUGUCGGCUACGACGACGCUCCUCCAAGCUCAAGUUAAAAAUCCCAAACCUGUCAGAUGUUAGCACCAUUGACAAGUGGUCCAGAGUCAUUUUCCCCAUCACUUUUGGAUUUUUCAACCUAAUCUACUGGUUGUACUAUGUGAAUUGAUGUGCAUCCCACUAGGAAUCAUGGGCCAUAUUUUGAGAGCACAUUAAAUUGGCUUUGAUACAGUUCCAAAAUAUGUAUACACAUAUACGAGUUGAAAAUAUGUAUAUGCAUAUUUCUAUAUAUUAUAUUUAUAUAUCCACAUCUGAAAUCUGGAGGACCUUCCGCUGUACAAAGUAUUUCUAGGAUGACUUGAAUGUUUAAGAAUACUUGUGCGAGAAGACUUUCAAGGCUUUGAGUUUCUUUUUCCUGCUGAAACAAACAAACAAACACAAGAUCCCACCAUGGGGGUUUUGGAACUAAAGACUGCAUGAUAUUUUUGCUAAAAAAAGGAAAGCGAAAAGGAAAAAUAAACACUGACAAAAGAGGAAAUGAAAGCUCUGGAGAGAGAAAAGAUGUCUCAGAGUCCCAUUGACUUUUUAUUGAUACUUCUUGUACUCAAAAAUCCUCUUCUGCAGCUCAAGAAAACAGAGGUGGCUUGUCGGUUCAGGCAUCGGCUCAGUGAGGUCCUCGGCACCACCAUAGACCCCAACCCCCAGCUCCUAGACUUGCUGACAUCACCCAGCACCCUUCCUUAACUUGCCCCGCCCCCAUCCCCACAACCCACCAUCACCCAUAGGAUAAAAUGCACUGAAAUCCCCUGUUCUACUAUGUACAGCAACCUUGUUUGGGUAAUGUGUUGUUCCUUGGGUUUCUUUCAAGUGAUAUUGUUCUCUUUAUCAGACAUCAGCUCGGGCCUGAUGGUCUACAUUAGAGGGCCUUAAGGGUAGGAUGUUUGACCACCACAUUCUCACAAAGAGUCAACGCAGACCUCUAUUCCUUUCUCUCUUUAUUUUUAGAAACACAUCCCAAGGUGGAGGCGUGGGUGGGCGGGGGUCUUCUUUUUUCAUUAUUAAAAGAAAUGUAGAUAUGAUUUUGUCUUGAAAAAUACUGUGAUUUCAGAGAGUGUUCUAGUGCUAGGGCAUUAUGAGAUAAACGAAUCAAAGGUAUGCAUUGCUGAUUUUGAUUGACAAAAAAAAAAGAAUAAUACAUUAUUCUGUACAUGUUAUCAUUCAGUAAUCUCAUGAUAGUAACUUGUGCUCUUUCGUUCCUCCUAACGACUGAUUCACGUUCUCUUUAGAUGCUCACUGACGUCAAAUCCUGCUUUUGUGUUCGCCAAAGGGAAACUUUGGGUUGUUUUUGUUCUUCGUUUGAAAAUAUUCCUCGUUUAAAAUGUGAGAAUAUGGUCCACCCGUAGUUUUGAUUAAUUUCUUCUGUUUUGGAGUUGUCGUGUCUGAAGGCAAGUUUACCAGGCGGAUGAUAGGGAGAAAGGGUUCAACACCACCACAAUGCUUCUCAAGGUUUAGUGAUCCUAAUGUAGAAAAAAGUCUGAAAAAUGCCAUGAAUUGAAUCAAAUGACGUCCAAUAGGCCACCUUUUUGUAGAUUUGCUCUUAAAUUGAAGCACUCACAUUGGGUUUGAAGUGCUCAACUUCAUUUGUCAAGAAAAUAAAUUCCUUUUUGAAGAAAAUCGUUUCUAGCCAUUCAGCUCGUGCUAAAUCAGGCUUACUUACCAAUGAAUUUAAGUUCCACAGUAAUCAAACGCAUUUAAAGCGGAGGUUUGGUGGUGAAGGCAAAUAAAUAAUGGAUAUCAGCUAAAGUUCUGGGGAAAAAAAUUAUUAAAGUUAAAAACAGUAAAAUAAAAAAGUCAAACCCUCCUAGCCUCGACCAAGGAAUACAGAGGGAAUUUGUCCAAAUGCACAAAAACAAAGUUAAAAAUGUAGGAGCUGCAGAGUAUCUAGAUGAAGACGGAGAGGCGGAGGUAUAAAUUUAUUUUCAGCGAUGUGUGUUCUCCUCCAGAGCACAGAGUAUGCAUGCAUAUUUUUUUUCAAAAAGGAAUACUGACCAAAAAGUUAAUGUAUCUCCCUAAGUCAUAGUGACGUUUGUACAGUGUUGUGGCCUGAGCUGUGAUUUGAGUUCAGUAUUUCUUUUUGUUUAAAUUUCAUGCAGCAUUGUCAUAUUUUCUAGUAGUAGAAGAUGAAAUAUUUUUAACCUUUCAGUCAAAACAGGCAUUCGAGAAAAAGACACGUAAUACUUUUCUUUAUAAUUAUUAUUAUACCUGCAGCUGGAAAUUUCUUGUCUCAGUUACCUGAGAUUAAAAUAGAAAAUAGCAUGUAUAUGUUGCCUUCUAAGAGCUUUUUUUUUUUGGUGUAGAUCGUAUAAUCAGCAAUGCACCUGCAAAAUGCAUAAAGGCUGAAAUAGGGAAUUCUAAGUUAGAAGGAAAUAUUGAGAAAAAUGAUAAAUCUGAUUCCAGAUUUCAGAGCACUUUACUGCUAUCACACCACAAUCCAAUCACGAGAAAACUCACAAAUGUCGUACUUUUAUUCCUUUCACUCUUCCUCUCUGUGUAAAUCUCCCACCUAGAUGCCAUUCCACGGGAAAAACUCGACCAAGUGACAUCACUCGGGGCACGUAAAGCUUUACAAGGCUUCUUUCACAUAUGCAGUAGCACUCCCCGACACCCGUGGACCGACUUCGACGUUGCUAUUCCCCUUUAACUCAUGUUAGAUUUCCCUGUGAAACUUAUGCUGCAAUUCUGACUUCUGGCUGCAGAAGUUUGAUUAUGUGAGAUGCUCAAACGGCAUCAGCACUAGAUGUGGCUCACUUUUGUUGCCAGUUAGUUGUUGAAACCAGAUGAAGAGUAGAAUUAGCGUUCCAAAGUGUUUAUUACACCAGGAUUGGUAGAAUAUUGAUGUGAGAUGCGGACAUUUUUUUUCUAGUAUAUUUUUUAAACAUAGAAUUGGACAUAAAUUAGUAAAAACAUGUAAGAAAUUAAAUUUGGCACUCUUUUCCAUUGUUUUAUCCGGUUUUUAGUCAGAAGAUGCUUUUUAUUUCUACAGUGAAAAUUUAAAACAUAAUCCACCAACCUUGCUGUCUCAGUAAGAUGCACUUAUAAUAAACAUUUUGUACAAAACUAAAGUAUCAAAUUCUUAUUCAGGUUGAUUUAUUCAAAGAAAUGAAUCCAGACAUGCCUAUUCAGGUAUCGUACUUUUUAAAUGGUAGGUAUCUUUAAUAGACAUUUUAAAAAGACAUGGAGGAGAAUUCUUAGCAGCUCAUGUAUUCUCACCCUAAAUAUAUUCACCUUUCAUUUCAAGUAUUAUCUGCUUUCUGGACACAAAAUCAGCACGUUCAUCCCAAAGACUGCGGAUCUUCAGUUUGAAGCUCUUUUUUUUCUCCUUUAGGAUAUUUGUUUAUUCAAGGGAGAAAAUACAUUUCUGUUGACACAUAUGUUCGAGUAGUAGAGGAGGAAGGGGGAAAAAAAGGUGUUGAACUGAUUUCAAUGUGAAUUUUCUUGCCUCUAGUGUAUAUGUGUAAUUACAUGUGAAUUGUAUUGUAAAUAUGAUAUCUUUCACUUAAUAGUUCUUAAUGCAUGAACAAAAAACAUGGCAGUUCUUAAUACCAGCUAGCCUCACUGCUAAAGGCAUGGACAGCUUCUCUUGCAUUGGCAUACUUCUGCAAACGAAACCUUAAAAAAAGACAAGAAAAAAAAUGGAAACACAAGAAAUACACGGUGUGAACAAAACGAUGGAGAUAUCAACCCAAAGUUCUUUAACAGUGGAGGAGAUCCUGGUAGCUCUGGAGAGAACACGUUAACACUACUAGAGGCACCAGGAAAACGCAAUAUACUUUGGUGCACUUUGAGCGAAUCUGAAAUUCUGUGGUUUAGCUCUCCCAAUUUAUCUGUUUUUCUCUGACUUUGUUAGGGACUUCAGCACAGUUUACUUGCUGCAUUUACCUGAGCCGUCAACAAAUCGCUCAGCCGACUUCUCAGAAAAAAAAGAGGGCAUGAUCGGCUAGCUGGCUUACAGCGGAGGAGCAGGGUUGCCUUAAGAGGGCGAGUUGGGAGUUUUUUUGUUUUUUCUUUGUCCUGUUCCUCAUUAAGACAGCCACAAGUGCCCUUGAGCAAGGCACUUAGCCAAUUGCCCAAGUGUAGCUGCUCAGUUGCGGAAGGUUGUGCUGGAUUGUAGCAACCACGUUGAGGGUAAAGUUAACUAACAGUUCUUAGGUGCAAAAAUUCCUUUAAACACUAGUGAAAUUAAACCAUUUGAGUUAAUUCAACUAAAAAUAGAUAUUCUAAAUCAGUUUGUUUCUGGUUGACAGCCAUCUAAAAACCAUAAGAGCAAGUUUCACCAACAUAAGCACCAGAAUAAGGCUGGUUAGCUCCUUGCUGUUGGAUGGACUUUCAUUGGUGUUUUAAUUGUUUUGUUCGCACCUUGUUGGUUUUGUUUAGCAUGACCUGAGUUUUAAAAGGUUUAUUUUCAUAUAUUUUUACUUCACACCAUUCAGUUCAUCUCCACAGCCAGUAAAAAAAAUAAUAAAAAAAGAAAGAUCCAGUGUUUACAUGCUCAAAUUGCACUUGUUUUACAGCCAGCUCUAAAUCUUGUGAAAUAAACUGUUCAUACAGCUGGAGGACAGAUGUUACCACGGAACGUACAUUGUGUGAUUCCUGGGAGUCACGAUUAUGUACUUCUACAAAAUGUAUUUACUGUAAAUCAAUUUGAGAUAGAUGCACCAAGUGCAUGCUGUAGAUUUAUCAGAUUCUGCAUAACAUCAGACGCCCUUCAACCUACAAAGGAUGUAGAGGAUGCUCACCAGAAGCAUCCUAACGUAUAAGCCAUGUGAUUGCACACUGAGUGGGUGUUCCCUGUAUUUUGUCUUUGAUAAGUUGCCUCUGGUUACGGCCUGCUGCCAAUUACUGCAUAAGGGCAACUUGCAAGAUGCUGUGCCAACUCCCAGUUACACAUCAAUAUACUGUACCUCCCUCUUUGUAAAACCCUACCAGAGACAAUGUUUAACCAGUAAGUAAAAAAAAAGAAGAAGGAUUUUCCAAUACUUUCAAUGAUUUGACAAUGUCGAGAAAGAAGCCCACAUGAUCAACAGCUCAUUUCUUUUUCAGUAAGAGUUAGUAAUUAAUGAUUUGGUUCAUUUCUGUGUUCAUUUCCGAUUUACUGUAUUUGUAGCAUUUGUUUUUAUGGAUUGUUAAAGUUGUUUUUUGCCAUCUUUAUUUAUUUUUUCAAAAGAAGGAAAUGUAAUUCAUCUGAUAUACUGGCAUUGGAAGAAAAAAUGCAUUUGGUUUUUGUACUGUAAUUGUUUUGUUCACAUUGGGCGCUUAUUUGAUUCAGUUGUUUAAUAAGGUGUUUGAUUUCAUUCGGAGUACCAGUACUCAUGGAAUCAACAUUUGUGUAGUAUGAAGUAUUUUUUUUGUCAGUGCAAUUUAAUGUUAUAGUGUCAAUCAGCUUUUUUAGGUGUUUGAACAAAAUGUGUUUUUUACAAAUACAAAGUGUUCAAGUAUGUGGUAUAAAAAGGGUUAUCAUUCAAACAACCAACUUUUUACAAAUAAAGGCUUAUACUGUAAAGAAUGCUAAUGUCUUUUCAUUUGCCCUUUGAGGACUAAUACACAGCCAUUCCUUUUUUUUAAGUUUGUUUUUCUUUUUUGUUCAUUUAGCUUUAUAUAUUAGUCCCCAAAAGGUAAAUAGCAUAAAUCGUUGCUAAACAAAUGGAUGAAAUAAGGUAUUCAUCAGGGUGUUGUCCAAGCUCUCACCUCUUAGUUGGUGUUUUGAUUUCAAUAAGGACUGAAACAGUCCAGAAACAAAAUUUAAGAAGAAUUAAGACUGUGUCAUUUUAAUUUGAUUAGAAAACAUUGCGCGUUUAUAACCCUUCUUUCACACCCUGUUUCCUGAAUAAAGACGCAAAGUAAGUCCUGCUGA